AUUCAUAGAGAAAGGCUUCGUGUCUGGGCGUGGUGUGCAAACGCUUUCUGUCUUUAAUCGCUGUCGCGUCUUUUUAAGCAAAAGUGUAAAGCAAACGUGAAGAAAAUUAUUGAAAACGUUCUUCUUUCCAUACAUCCGAAUAAUCACUGCAACAAGAACUGCUCUGUGGAGAAUUUGUUGCCCAAGGCUUGUUUGAAGAGUAGUAUCAAACCUGCCUCUCAAGAGCUGAGAUCGCAAACACAACUUCCCCACAUUGUCUUCACCCACAUAGUGAUCGUGGUGCUGAUAGGCAGACGUUGGCUCUGAAAAUCUCAGAUCUGUCUUCAUGUCUGGCCCAGGCUACCCAUCUCCACACCAGCCUCCUUAUCCCAUGCCCCAGCUAGGCGGACACUCCAUGCCCCCCUAUCCCAUGGGAGGUUAUGGAGAACCUGGACAGGGGACCCCACCAGCAGGGUUCCAAGCAGGAUACCAGCCAGUUCCAGAUCAGCCAAUCAUGUAUCAGCCUGGUCCAGUUAGUCCAGCAUCUCACCAGGGCCAACCAUAUGGAGCACCUGUACCUGCACCAGUUUCAGUUCCUGCUGGAGUACCACCUGGUCUGGAGUACCUCACUCAGAUUGAUCAGAUCCUUAUUCAUCAGAAAGUGGAGUUGUUAGAGGCAAUCAUUGGCUUUGAGACCAACAACCAGUAUGAGAUCAAGAACAGCCUCGGUCAAAAGAUCUACUCUGCCAAAGAAAAAAAUGACUGCUGCACACGCAACUGCUGUGGUGCCCUGCGCAGCUUUGACAUGAAGAUCAAAGACAACACCGAUCGAGAGGUCAUACGACUCAUCCGACCUUUCCGCUGUGUCUCCUGUUGGUGCCCCUGCUGCCUGCAAGAGAUGGAGGUACAGGCGCCCCCGGGAACGACUGUAGGGUACGUGAAGCAGGACUGGCACCCCUGUUAUCCAAAAUUCUCCAUCCAGGGGCCAAACAAGGAGACUGUGAUGAAGCUCGAGGGGCCCUGCUUGGCAUGUAACUGCUGUGGUGAUGUGAACUUUGAGCUCAAAGGCAAAGACGGUACUGGGAAGCCUAUCGGUCGAAUCAGUAAGCAGUGGAGCGGCCUGUUGAAGGAAGUCUUUACUGACACUGACAACUUUGGCAUCCAGUUCCCUAUGGACAUGGAUGUUAAGAUGAAGGCUGUACUUAUGGGCGUUUGCUUCCUUAUUGAUUUCGUGUUCUUUGAAAAAGUGGGAGAGACAAACCAGCGCAAUACUGUAUUCUCUUAGAACUCUUGGUAACCAAAGCUAUAGACAGCUGGCACUGCAGUGAAACCAAGGGACACGUUCAAGGUCGUUUUGUAGGGUUCAGGUGGCCAGCAAUAUUGACAAUGACAGGCGAGGUAUCAUGAGUAACUGUUCACUGGUGCCUUUUAAACAAUCAGAGCCUAUAAUUAUAAAUUACUGUUACAAUAGUAUAUCAACUAACAUUUAUAUCUUUUUGUUACUUUAAAUUUUUCUUUUUUGUUGGAAAUAAAAUGUAACAUGCAUCCCUACGCAUGUAUUUCCAGACUUAUUUCAUGCAUAAAUAUAUUUUUUCAGUCUUUCUGAAGGAAAUUCAGUUUUAUUGUGCUAAAUGCAAAGCAUUUUAGUUAAAACAUACGGAUGUUCCUACAGCCAAGUAAUGCAUGAUGAUGGGGGUUACAUGCAAGUUAAUGACUCUGGCUAUAUAUAUAUAUAUACAAUUAAAAAAAGAGU